UCAAAGUCAGCUGAAGUCUUUUCACUCAUUUUAUAAACUUGCGGGUGUAAACAUUCAGUCAAUUUAAAUUUACAAAUUAAUUAUUGAAGCUGUUGCUUGAAUUUUGAAAGAGUUUUUACAAAAUUCUUUGAAGUAUAUUAUUUGCCGUAACUGCUAAAAUACUAGGUUUUACGAUCAACCACAAACCAUCAUGACAACCUUUCACUGUCUCCUGUGCUUAUCUAGUCUGGACAAAGAUAUCAGUCCUCCCCUUGCCAACAAGGGGUCAAUAAAGGCACAAAUUCUCAGACUUUACGACCUCCUUGUUCCAGGACACCGCACUUCCACCCAACAUAAGAAAAUUAUUGCACAAAUCGAAGAUUCCGACGGAUUUAAACUGUGUCAGGAUUGUUUCUUAUCGGCGAAAGAAAUUGAAGAAAACAAGCUACAAAUAUCCCAACUGGAAGAACAGAUUGCGAGAAAAGUGCAAGAAUUAAAAACAACCGUGUCAAAUUCUUUUGCAAAAGAUGCAAAAAUUGAAGAUCCUUUGCAAAGAAUUAGGAGGUCAUUAGUUUCGUUAGGCGAAACUUCCCAAAGUCUUACUGAUCUUAAAGUCAAAGUAGAACCCGAGGAUUUUCAAGAACGAUUCCCCCCACAAGACGACAUUCCCUGUCCGUCCCCAACAUUCUCGAACCACUCAGAAGAUCAGGUCGACCCACUUUCUCAUUUACAACUGGGCGCUGGUGAAGGAAGCGACUCCUCUGACGAUGACGAUGGUUCAACCAGCAGCGACGGAUCUCAUUUUUAUAUAACGCCAGAUAAUGAUAAGAAGAGAAAAAGUAACAGAACUAAAACGACAAAAAUAACCGAAAAAGAUCCAGAAAGCAAGCCCUCCACUCGUCCGACAAGAAAUCGUCCCAAAAAAUACGCAAAACGCAAAAAAUAUGACGAAUCUUGUUACAUAUUCUCUUGUGCGGCGUGUCUUUCUCGAUUUCGAAGAGAAAAACAUCUGACCCUCCACUUGCGCCAGGAACACAAAGGAUUUUGCCAAUUUCAGUGUCAAAUCUGUCAAAAAAAGUACGAAGCGCAGUCACUUUUGGACUCUCACAUGAUCGUGCGACACGAAACGGAGGAAAAAUUACAUUUCUGUAAAAAAUGUGGGAAAGGUUUCUCCCUCGAGGUUAAUUUUGAAAGUCACAUGGAACGCCACAAACUCGAUGAGAGCAAACCCGUCGUCUGUACCGUUUGUGACGCCAGAUUUAUAGAUCAAGUCCAACUGGAGAAACAUAAUGUGGUGCAUGUCAUAUGGGUGUGCGACUUUUGUGGGUUAACGCUCCGUGCAAAAAGAUCUUGGCAAAGACAUAUUCGCAACCAUACUGGGGAAAGACCCUUUAAAUGUGACCAGUGCGAGGAAGCCUUUAUCGAUCCAGACGCAAGAAAAGCGCACAAAAUACGUUGCCACAUUCCAGAAAGACACGAGUGUCCCAUUUGUGGGAGAGUGUUUGUUUUCAAACGAUUAUUAAAAGCUCACGUGGACAAAGUUCACGAAAAUGUGAAAAAGUACGAGUGCACCCAGUGUGGAGGAAAAUUUAAGGAUGGAGAAGCUUUAAACGCUCACAGCAUCCGUGAGCACAAUGCUGCACCGAUAGUUUGCGAGGAAUGUGGCGAUACGUUUACUUCAUCAAGUGGAUUCAAACGCCACAAAAUUACUCACUCGGGAAUAAAACGGCACGCGUGCAAUAUUUGUGGGGCCACCUUUUUCUUCAGUGCCGUGUUACGAUGUCAUCUUCGAACCCAUUCCGAUGAUAGGAACGAAAUUUGUGAACAAUGUGGAAAAGCUUUUAAAACUGGGAAGAAUCUAUCUCGUCACGUAAAAACUGUGCAUGGAUUAAUUGGAAGGAAAAAAGGUGGUGGACCUAGAAAGUCGAAGACAGCGACGAUCCAGCAUGAUGGUCAAAAGGUUGGGACGGACAACGAAAUUCUGAUUGCUACGAACCCGAGCAAUUUCAAUUUUAGUUUAUCAUAGAUUGCAUUAACGUACAGUUUUAAGCUCUUCAUUAGAUUAUGGCGUAACGGUGUGAAUUUACCGUUCUUUAUUAUUAUUUUUUGUAGUUUUUUUGUAAUGAGUCAAAUGAGUGAUGUUGAUACCGAAUUCCAGUAUUAUUGACCUACAUACCUAUGUAUGUAUGUAUAUGAAUUUAAUUUGGAAGUUAAUAUUUAAAAAUCAAAGUAUCCCUACAUAUUUACCAUUAAUACGGUACAAUCUUACUGUCCACGUCGCUUUUGAGUACAUUAAAAAUGUAAGACAGUAAAAUUAAAGUCGGUUAAGACCUACGACUGAUUGUGAGGUUUAUGUAUUAACAAUUGGAUCCGAUAAGUAUGUAUAUACAUAUAUUGUGCUAGGCUGAAGUCUUCAGCCUGAAGAAGUAUUUAAUAGAAUGUGCAUAUUUUUAAAUACAUUUAAUGCGUAGUGAUUGAUAAGUAUCUUUCUCGUAAAAUAAGUAAGUCCUGCAAAAUGUACUAGAAUCUAGUAACUAGAUAUCGGGUUAGAUUUAACCUCCCACUUAUUUAGCUGAAACUUCCCACUUGUUUUGACCCUACCAUGCACUAGCUGAAACCUCCACUUUGUCGGCUUUUUUAUCCCCCUAAUAGUUUGAAACUUGCACAGCCUUUAUUUACCGAUUAUGGAUAGUAAAAUCGUACAUUGACGAGUGGAUGCAUUUGAAAGCCUAUAAUUGGACUAGCAAUUCAAGAAAAGUUGCACGAAGUUGGCGCGGAAGGUAAAACCGUUCCUUUACCCAAGAGGGAAAGCGUUACCCGAGCUCAUAUUAGUGCUUAAAUUCUUUAAAUGUAAAUCAGAAAUAAGCUUUUAAAGUAUUAUGAGAAUUUCUGCAUAAUUUAGCUUAGAUUUUGGUUUUUGUGCUUAAAUUCUUCAAUUGAGCAAUAAGAUAAGUAACUAGUGACCACGACUAGCUAAAUAGGUGGGUGGAAAAAACCGACAGAGUGGAGAUUUCAGCUAGUAGUAGGUAGAGUAAAAAAAGUGGGAAGUUUCAGCUUAUUAAGUGGUGCAUUAAAUUUAGGCCGUAAAAUGACCCUGAAUUCCAAAUUCUAUACAUACCAUAUUUAUGCUCAUGUAUAAAUAAAUGCGAUAAAAACCACUGGAAUAAAUAACUAUGUACAUACAUAGGUAAAAUAUCA